GUUUUUGUCGCCGUAUUAGGGGCUGUUUGGAUGGACACGCAAAAAAUUCACUCCGUACUCCGUAACCUCACAUUGUACAACUAUCAAUGCUGUGUGUCACGGACGAAUCAUAGAGCAAACGAUGUACGGCGGUACGGAUGCACUCCAUAGCACCGCCGUUCUACACCAAGAAGAGCAGCAAUACUCUCCGAUCGCAGACGACGAGGAAGGAGACGACGGCCCCGGCCCCGGCCCCGGCCCCGGUGUAUGCGGCGGUGAGGAUUCCGUGGAUGACGUUUCACAUCACGUCCAAUUCGACCCGCAUUCUCAUUCCCAGGUUCUUCACAACGGCUCCAUCGGCGCUAUUGCGCCAAUGAAUGGAAUGGGUGGGAUUUCAUCUCAAGCUCUCUAUGUCCCUGGAGGAUCGGAAAUCAUUGCUGCUCCUACUGGCGGAGUUGCGGCUGACCAGCUUACCCUAUCUUUUCAGGGCGAAGUCUAUGUGUUCGAUGCUGUUUCACCUGAAAAGGUUCAGGCAGUUCUGUUGUUGUUGGGUGGAUAUGAAGUGCCAUCCAGCAUUCGCAGUGUUGGCGUGGCAACCCAAAGACAAAGGGGCAUGGGUGAAUAUCCUGGAAGAUUGAGUCAACAUCAAAGGGCUGUUUCUUUGAACCGGUUCAGGGAGAAGAGGAAAGAGCGAUGUUUUGAUAAAAAGAUUCGAUAUACUGUGCGUAAGGAAGUUGCACUGAGGAUGCAACGUAAGAAGGGUCAAUUUACAUCUUCUAAGUCGAUAUCUGAUGAAGCAGGUUCAUCUUCUGCAGAUUGCAAUUCAAAUUCUGGACAAGAAGAUCAGGAAACAUAUUGUAGUCAUUGUGGAAUUAGCUCCAAAUCUACACCUAUGAUGCGCCGUGGCCCAGCUGGUCCGAGGUCACUUUGCAAUGCGUGUGGACUUAAGUGGGCCAACAAGGGGAUUUUGAAAGACCCACCUAAAGUUCCACCUACCGGAGUUCAAAACCACAUUGUCAUCAAGACUGAUGAACAGAACAACAAUGGUGAAGUGAACAGUGCCAGUGCUACUGCCAUGAUGUCUAAGCAUACCCAGCCACCAACUGCUGAAAGGUGACAAAGCUAUCGGUCGCCACUGACAUGUUUACAACUCGUAUACAUAUAGUGUUAAGGGUUCGAAAUAAUGUAAUGACAGUAAACUGAAAAUUGUGGCAUUAGGCAAAUUCAGUGUACAUAAAAAUCUCUUCUCCGCAUUCGAAUUGAGACUUGCGCCACAAGAGAAGAGAUACUCUCAAAGUAGUCUCACCCUAGUUAGAUGUGCUAAUACAGACUACGAGUAGUUUUCUAGUUUCCCCAUCACCUUUGCUUUCCUAAUUACCUGUUUGACUUGUCUGAAGCGUUGAUUAAACGAAAACAAUGCUUUUACUGUGACAGAGUAUGUACUUUAUUAUUACUUUUUUAUUUCUAGUUUUAGCAAAGCCGGUUUCACAUUCAAGUGCUUACACAGAAGUACUUUGUACCAAAAUAG